UACAAUCGUUUGAGGUGGAGAAACCAAAACUUAUAGAGGCAGAAAGACCAAAAUACCUUGCCCAGAAAGCUCCCAACCCCACCGAGAACACCAGCCAGCCCACUCCCCAACAUUCUAUAUAGAAAUACUCAAAAACUCGACACCCGUUCAUCACUACAAGCUCCCAACACCUUCCCCAAAACCGUCCAUGGCGUAGAAAUAAAAAUUUCACAACUUUCCAAAUGGGUUUGCCCAGAACACUCUUCUCUCUAUUUUCUAUUUCUAUGCUUUCCUCCUUCUUUCUCUGUGCUGAAAGUGCAGCAGACUACACAAACUUGGUCUUCAAGGGCUGUGCAGAGCAAAAGUUCCAGGACUCAACUGGGAUUUACUCACAAAACCUCAAGACCCUUUUGUCUUCUUUGGUUUCACUGUCUUCACAGAAGACUUUCUCCUCUACCACCUCAGGUGAAGAUCAAAAUAGCAUCAUGGGUCUUUACCAAUGCAGAGGGGACCUCACGCUCCCCGAGUGCUUCAACUGCGUGAGCAAGAUAUCAGAUACGGCAGACAAGCGCUGUGGCAAAGCUGUAGCAGCUAGAAUUCAACUCAACGGGUGUUAUGUGCGGUAUGAGGUUGCUGGGUUCAAACAAGUUUCUGAAACUGAAUUGCUGUACAAGGUGUGUGGAUCAACUCGAGCAAGUGAAGCUGGGUUUGAUCAAAAGAGGAACACGGCUUUUGAUAUGGUGGAGAGUGGGGUUAAGACUGGUGCUGGCGCUGGGGGUCUGUUUUACACAGGGAGCUAUGAAGCGGUGUAUGUGUUGGGGCAGUGUGAGGGCGAUUUGGGCAGUGAUGAUUGUGGGGAUUGUGUGAGCAGUGCAGUGGAGAGGGCCAAAGCUGAUUGUGGUGAUUCCAUCUCUGGGCAAGUGUAUCUCCAAAAGUGCUAUGUCAGCUACAGCUAUUACCCAAAUGGCGUCCCCAGCAUAUCUUCAUCAUCAGGGAACGAGGAGCAACGACACACACAGAGGACAGUGGCUCUUGCAGUAGGAGGUUUGGCAGCUUUUGGCUUCAUUAUAGUUUGUUUCCUGUUUGUUAAAUCGAUGAUGAAGAAACGAGGUGGUAAGCAUGGAGGCUGAGCUACGUUGUUAAUAAUAUAAUCUCCCACAACUUUUUAUAUAUGUUCAUAGAUCGAACGGUUACUAUAAAUAUGUAGAAAAAAAAUUAUUUGCAAGUGACAUCGAAUACAUUAUUGAAAAUAGAUUCCACAAUGAUAAAUAUAUAUAUAUUUAU